AUGAGCGCUGCUAACAGCGUAGAAGCAUCACCAGCACAAAGCAGCCGUACACCGAGACGAAAGAUGGCUGAAGAAAUAUGUGAAGGAGAGCCACCCGCAAAAUGCGUCGACCGCGGGCCGAAUGUGAGUCGGUAUGUGACCGUACCCCCGCUGAGAUUCAAACCCAGGACACUGGACGAGUUCGCGCAAUUUCUCGAAAAUGACUCCAAUCGUGUUGUUGACAUGGACAUUUGGUCACUUUUUGGAGAAGGAAACUACGUUAAUUACCGAGUGAAGUUGGUGAUCACAGCACUUCUGGAAAAGGUGCGUUUGAAAUAUUUUUUUGCAAAAAUCUGACG